AUGUUGAGCUGGAAAAUUCGUACAUUUCUCCUGUUCCUUGUCUGCUUGGCUUCUGGCCUGACGCAUUUUCGCAAAUUACCACUUGACACUGUUACCGGCACUCUUAAUUACAGAGCCUUACCAAAUGCGCCUAAUGGAUAUACAUCGGAGAAAGUACAAUGCCCGUCGCACGGUUCAAACGUGCGUAUCACGGUGAACAUUAGCGAGCACGAAAUGCAUUGGUUACAGAAGCGUCAGAACAAAGGGUUGAAGGGGAUGCAGACCUUUCUCACGCGAAUGAAAAUCCGGACUUCAAUGCUACCCAAUAUUUUGCAAAGACUCAGGACGCAUCUCUGCCCAACAUCAGGAUCUCAUUCUCAGGAGGCGGCUACCGAGCUCUGCUCAACGGAGCUGGAGCAUUUGCUGCAUUUGAUGAUCGAGCAAGAGAAUCGACUGCACCAGGCCAUCUAA